AACAAAAAAACAUGUUUUGAAUUAUGCGUCUCAAUGUACGAUUCAAUAUCGGAAAAUUUCCCAAACAACAAUAUUUAAAGUUUACAAGGUCAUGACCCAUAUGUAUUUUAAAUCUAUUACAAUUCUUUCCAUUGAUAGAUUUCAAACUAGCAGUCUAUACACGCAUACAAAAUUUAAAAAAAGUCAGUAGUAUUAAAACUCGGCUUAGACCUUUCUGAAUAUUGAAGACCAUUUUCAGAUUUCCAGCGGAUUGCGCUACACCUGGUAUUGUACUGCGUGUAUUGUUUAGUACGGUCACACGUCAUAAAUGUAUUUAAAACAAUUCUAUGUUAAUUUUUAAACGCUUAAAACCGAUUGUUUAUACGCUGCGGUACCGGCACGGUAGCUGAACGACUACGAGAACUGUAAAUGGUCUACUUUAUAAGCAUUGCCAAGAGGGGGCUCAGCUUCCUCCCGCCUAGAGAAUCGAGAAAUGUAAAAUAGAUAUAAAAAAUAUUUUAAAUUAGACCAUGUUAGUUGUAGCUGCCACCCUAGAUCUAGCCAAGAUCGUCAGCAACGCCUUUGUUCUUCUCUAAAGGGUGCGGAGGGUCUGUAUAGAUUGCAGGUUACAGUUUAAUAUGUGUUGUAAUCCAUAGACCUCAGCUUCUAACCGGGUAAAUAAACAAUAACAAAAAUACGGUCAAAAAGUUCGACUCAACGAUGUAUUAAUUUACUAAUAUUAAAUGAUCAUUUAACUCCGACAGCUGCUGAAGUCAGAAUCUUCAAUAAACUGAACGAUUUGCUUAUCAAUCCUUUAUAUCUAGUUUCUUAAUUGUAAAGUGCCCUUUACAAUGUAAUUACGAACAAAGUGUAAAAGUUUUAUAAAUAUAUCGUUACGUAUAAAACUACCUUUGUAGUGCGGUGUAUAAUGAAUCGAGGCGUUGUUGUGAGCCAGUGCGUGCGCGCAGCGACCGCAGACCAGUGCAGCGCUGCCGGCUGUUUACAAAACACCGUCCGUAUCGUUCACCUCCUCCUGCACAUACCUCACAGACAUGGGGGACUUCCGCACGUGCGAAGCCACCCUGUACCUCCUCCUCCUAGCUAGUGUUGUUAGGCAUGUCCUACCCACGGGACUCGGACAAUGCCCCAUUUUCGGACAGCUCCAGGAGUUUGAUCUCGAUAAGAUGGUGGGCAAGUGGUACGAGGUGGAGCGGUCGUUCUAUCUGAUGGAGAUGUCGUCGAGCUGCACAGAGCUGAGGGUGACACUCAACGACCGUAGGCAGCUCGAUAUCAUUAUACACACCAGAAACAGAUGGACGGGCACGCACUGCAUGACACGCGGCCUGGGUGUGAUGAACCACGAAGGAGCGUCGUCGUUCCGGUACCGCGUGAACAACCGGCUGCCGUACGUCAUCGGACGACUGCUGCCGGGCGCCGGACAGUACAGCAUCCUCGCCACAGACUACGACCACUUCGCGCUGAUCUGGUCCUGCACCGGACUGAGCGUCGCACAUACUGACCGCAUGUGGGUGCUGGGCCGCGAGCGCGAGAUCAACGCGCAACUGCGGGCGUACAUCUACAGCUUGCUGAACAACUUCGAAAUGGACGCCGACAGACUCAUCCUUUCCAAAAAUAAUGAUUGUCCUGAUUACGAUAAAAAUAAAACCACAACAAUAUGA